AUGACAGAUGAUGAAGUGGUUCUGCAGUGUACCGCAACCAUCCACAAAGAACAGCAGAAACUAUGUUUGGCAGCGGAAGGAUUUGGCAACAGACUUUGUUUCUUGGAGUCCACUUCCAAUUCCAAGAAUGUCCCCCCAGACCUCUCCAUCUGCACCUUCGUGCUGGAACAGUCCCUCUCUGUCCGGGCCCUGCAGGAGAUGCUGGCUAACACGGUGGAGAAAUCGGAAGGGGCAAUUGAUGUGGAAAAAUGGAAAUUCAUGAUGAAGACUGCUCAAGGUGGUGGUCAUCGAACACUCCUCUAUGGACAUGCCAUAUUGCUGCGCCACUCCUACAGUGGCAUGUAUCUAUGCUGCCUGUCCACCUCCCGGUCUUCAACCGAUAAACUGGCUUUUGAUGUUGGCUUGCAAGAGGACACUACAGGUGAGGCUUGUUGGUGGACCAUACACCCUGCCUCGAAGCAGCGAUCGGAAGGAGAAAAAGUACGAGUCGGAGAUGACCUCAUCUUAGUUAGCGUGUCCUCUGAGAGGUACUUGCACUUGUCUUACGGCAACGGCAGCUUGCACGUGGACGCCGCUUUCCAGCAGACCCUCUGGAGCGUGGCCCCAAUCAGCUCAGGAAGUGAAGCAGCCCAAGGGUAUCUGAUUGGCGGGGAUGUCCUCAGGUUGCUACAUGGACACAUGGAUGAAUGUCUCACCGUCCCUUCAGGAGAACAUGGUGAAGAGCAGCGGAGAACCGUUCAUUUCGAAGGCGGUGCUAUAUCUGUGCACGCGCGUUCCCUGUGGAGACUGGAGACGCUAAGAGUUGCGUGGAGUGGAAGCCACAUAAGAUGGGGCCAGCCAUUCCGACUACGCCAUGUCACAACAGGAAAAUACUUGAGUCUCAUGGAAGACAAAAACCUUCUACUCAUGGACAAAGAGAAAGCUGACGUAAAAUCAACAGCAUUUACCUUCCGGUCUUCCAAGGAAAAAUUGGAUGUAGGGGUGAGAAAAGAAGUUGAUGGAAUGGGAACAUCUGAAAUAAAAUAUGGUGACUCGGUAUGCUUCAUACAACAUGUAGACACAGGCCUGUGGCUCACUUACCAGUCUGUGGAUGUGAAAUCCGUGAGAAUGGGAUCUAUACAACGUAAGGCCAUUAUGCACCAUGAAGGCCACAUGGAUGAUGGCUUAAAUUUGUCUAGGUCUCAGCAUGAAGAAUCACGCACAGCACGAGUCAUCCGGAGCACAGUCUUCCUUUUCAAUAGAUUUAUAAGGGGCCUCGAUGCUCUCAACAAGAAGGUGAAGCCUUCCACAGUAGACUUGCCCAUAGAGUCUGUAAGUCUGAGUCUGCGGGAUCUUAUUGGCUACUUCCACCCACCAGAUGAGCAUUUAGAACACGAAGACAAGCAGAACAGACUGCGAGCCCUAAAGAAUCGGCAGAAUCUCUUCCAGGAAGAGGGAAUGAUCAAUCUUGUGCUCGAGUGUAUAGACCGACUACAUGUCUACAGCAGCGCGGCUCACUUUGCUGACGUCGCUGGGCGAGAGGCAGGGGAAUCUUGGAAAUCCAUUCUAAAUUCUCUGUAUGAGUUGCUGGCGGCUCUAAUUAGAGGAAAUCGUAAAAACUGUGCUCAAUUUUCCGGCUCCCUCGACUGGUUGAUUAGCAGAUUGGAAAGACUGGAAGCUUCUUCUGGUAUUCUCGAAGUUUUACACUGUGUGUUAGUUGAAAGUCCAGAAGCUCUUAAUAUUAUUAAAGAAGGGCAUAUUAAAUCCAUUAUCUCGCUUUUAGACAAGCAUGGAAGAAAUCAUAAGGUUCUAGACGUCUUGUGCUCACUCUGUGUUUGCCAUGGGGUUGCAGUCCGUUCUAACCAGCAUCUCAUCUGUGACAAUCUCCUACCAGGAAGAGAUCUUCUACUGCAGACACGUCUUGUGAACCAUGUCAGCAGCAUGAGACCCAAUAUUUUUCUGGGCGUCAGCGAAGGGUCUGCUCAGUAUAAGAAAUGGUACUAUGAACUGAUGGUGGACCACACAGAGCCCUUUGUGACAGCUGAAGCAACUCACUUGCGAGUGGGCUGGGCUUCCACCGAAGGGUAUUCUCCCUACCCUGGAGGGGGCGAAGAGUGGGGUGGAAAUGGUGUUGGAGAUGAUCUCUUCUCCUAUGGAUUCGAUGGCCUUCAUCUCUGGUCAGGUUGUAUUGCUCGUACUGUAAACUCACCGAACCAGCAUCUGUUGAGAACGGAUGAUGUCAUCAGUUGCUGUUUAGAUCUAAGUGCUCCAAGUAUCUCAUUCCGAAUUAAUGGACAACCUGUUCAAGGAAUGUUUGAGAAUUUCAACAUUGAUGGCCUCUUCUUUCCAGUUGUUAGUUUCUCUGCAGGAAUAAAGGUACGCUUUCUGCUUGGAGGACGACAUGGGGAAUUCAAAUUCCUUCCUCCGCCUGGGUAUGCUCCUUGUUAUGAAGCUGUUCUGCCAAAAGAGAAGUUGAAAGUGGAGCACAGCCGAGAGUACAAGCAAGAAAGGACUUACACACGGGACCUGCUGGGCCCUACAGUUUCCCUGACACAAGCUGCCUUCACACCAAUCCCUGUGGACACCAGCCAGAUUGUGUUGCCUCCUCAUCUAGAGAGGAUAAGAGAAAAACUGGCAGAGAAUAUCCAUGAACUCUGGGUUAUGAAUAAAAUCGAACUUGGCUGGCAAUAUGGUCCGGUUAGAGAUGACAAUAAGAGACAACAUCCAUGUCUGGUGGAGUUCUCCAAGCUGCCUGAGCAGGAACGCAAUUACAACUUACAAAUGUCACUUGAGACCUUGAAGACUCUGUUGGCAUUAGGAUGUCAUGUGGGUAUAUCAGAUGAACAUGCUGAAGAAAAGGUGAAAAAAAUGAAGCUACCCAAGAAUUACCAGCUAACAAGUGGAUACAAGCCUGCCCCAAUGGACCUGAGCUUUAUAAAACUCACUCCAUCCCAAGAAGCAAUGGUGGACAAGUUGGCAGAAAAUGCCCACAACGUGUGGGCCCGGGAUCGAAUCCGACAGGGCUGGACUUACGGCAUCCAGCAGGAUGUUAAGAACAGAAGAAACCCUCGCCUCGUUCCCUACACUCUUCUGGAUGACCGAACGAAGAAAUCGAACAAGGACAGCCUCCGUGAGGCUGUGCGCACCCUGCUGGGGUAUGGCUACAACCUGGAAGCACCAGAUCAAGAUCAUGCUGGCAGAGCCGAAGUGUGCAGCGGCACAGGAGAAAGGUUCCGAAUCUUCCGUGCUGAGAAGACCUACGCGGUGAAGGCAGGACGGUGGUAUUUUGAAUUUGAGGCUGUCACUGCUGGGGACAUGAGGGUUGGUUGGAGCAGGCCGGGUUGUCAACCAGAUCAGGAGCUUGGCUCCGAUGAACGUGCCUUUGCUUUCGACGGCUUCAAGGCCCAACGGUGGCACCAGGGCAACGAGCAUUAUGGGCGCUCUUGGCAGGCAGGCGAUGUUGUCGGGUGUAUGGUGGACAUGAAUGAACACACUAUGAUGUUCACCCUGAAUGGCGAAAUCCUUCUUGAUGACUCAGGUUCAGAAUUGGCUUUCAAGGACUUUGAUGUUGGUGACGGAUUCAUACCUGUAUGUAGCCUUGGAGUAGCUCAAGUGGGCAGGAUGAACUUUGGAAAGGAUGUCAGCACCUUGAAGUAUUUCACCAUCUGUGGCUUACAAGAGGGCUACGAACCAUUUGCCGUUAAUACAAACAGGGAUAUUACCAUGUGGCUGAGCAAGAGGCUUCCUCAGUUUCUCCAAGUUCCAUCAAACCAUGAACAUAUUGAGGUGACCAGAAUAGAUGGCACCAUAGACAGUUCCCCAUGUUUAAAGGUCACUCAGAAGUCGUUUGGUUCUCAGAACAGCAGCACCGAUAUCAUGUUCUACCGUCUGAGCAUGCCGAUUGAGUGCGCGGAGGUCUUCUCAAAGACUGUGGCUGGAGGGCUCCCUGGUGCUGGCCUCUUUGGGCCCAAGAAUGAUUUGGAGGAUUAUGAUGCAGAUUCUGAUUUUGAGGUUCUAAUGAAGACAGCUCAUGGCCAUCUGGUACCCGAUCGUGUUGACAAAGACAAAGAAGUUACAAAAGCAGAGUUUAAUAACCACAAAGAUUAUGCUCAGGAAAAGCCCUCUCGUCUGAAACAAAGAUUUUUGCUUAGGAGAACAAAGCCAGAUUAUAGCACAAGCCAUUCUGCAAGACUCACUGAAGAUGUCCUUGCCGACGAUCGGGAUGACUAUGAUUAUUUGAUGCAGACGUCCACGUACUAUUACUCAGUGAGAAUCUUUCCUGGACAAGAACCUGCUAAUGUCUGGGUGGGCUGGAUUACAUCAGAUUUCCAUCAGUAUGAUACAGGCUUUGACUUGGACAGAGUCCGUACAGUAACAGUUACUCUAGGAGAUGAAAAAGGAAAAGUGCAUGAAAGCAUCAAACGCAGCAACUGCUAUAUGGUAUGUGCGGGUGAGAGCAUGAGCCCUGGGCAAGGACGCAAUAAUAACGGACUGGAGAUCGGCUGUGUGGUGGACGCUGCCAGCGGGCUGCUCACAUUCAUUGCCAAUGGCAAGGAACUGAGCACAUACUAUCAGGUGGAACCAAGUACAAAAUUAUUUCCCGCAGUUUUUGCACAAGCUACAAGUCCCAAUGUUUUCCAGUUUGAGCUGGGAAGAAUAAAGAAUGUGAUGCCCCUCUCGGCGGGAUUAUUCAAGAGCGAGCACAAAAACCCGGUGCCGCAGUGCCCUCCGCGGCUGCACGUGCAGUUCCUGUCGCACGUCCUGUGGAGCAGGAUGCCCAACCAGUUCCUGAAGGUAGACGUCUCUCGGAUCAGUGAACGCCAGGGCUGGCUGGUGCAGUGUUUGGAUCCUCUGCAGUUCAUGUCUCUUCACAUCCCCGAGGAAAACAGAUCUGUUGACAUCUUAGAGUUGACAGAGCAGGAGGAACUGCUGAAAUUUCACUAUCACACUCUCCGGCUCUACUCAGCCGUCUGUGCUCUUGGGAACCACCGGGUGGCCCACGCCCUGUGCAGCCACGUGGACGAACCUCAGCUCCUCUACGCCAUCGAGAACAAGUACAUGCCGGGCUUGCUGCGCGCCGGCUACUAUGACCUGCUGAUUGACAUCCACCUCAGCUCCUAUGCCACCGCCAGGCUUAUGAUGAACAAUGAGUUCAUCGUCCCCAUGACAGAGGAGACAAAGAGCAUCACUCUUUUCCGUGAUGAGAACAAAAAGCACGGCCUCCCGGGGAUUGGCCUCAGCACGUCCCUCAGGCCACGGAUGCAGUUUUCCUCUCCCAGUUUUGUGACCGUCAAUAACGAAUGUUACCAGUACAGUCCUGAGUUCCCACUGGACAUCCUCAAGGCCAAAACGAUACAGAUGCUGACGGAAGCAGUUAAGGAGGGCAGUCUUCAUGCACGGGACCCAGUUGGGGGGACCACUGAAUUCCUCUUCGUACCCCUCAUCAAGCUGUUCUAUACCCUGCUGAUCAUGGGCAUCUUUCACAACGAGGACCUGAAGCACAUCUUGCAGCUGAUUGAGCCCAGCGUGUUUAAAGAAGCAGCCACUCCGGAGGAGGAGGGCGAUACCCUGGAGAAAGAGCUCAGUGCAGACGACUCAAAGCUGGAAGGGGCUGGUGACGAAGAAGCCAAAGGGGGUAAGAGGCCCAAGGAGGGCCUGCUCCAAAUGAAACUGCCAGAGCCAGUUAAGUUGCAGAUGUGCCUACUGCUCCAAUACCUCUGUGACUGCCAGAUCCGGCACCGGAUAGAAGCCAUUGUAGCCUUUUCAGAUGACUUUGUAGCUAAGCUGCAAGAAAAUCAGCGCUUCCGAUAUAAUGAAGUUAUGCAAGCCUUAAACAUGUCAGCUGCACUCACAGCCAGGAAAACGAAGGAAUUUAGGUCACCACCUCAAGAGCAGAUCAAUAUGCUUCUCAAUUUUAAGGAUGACAAAAGUGAAUGUCCAUGUCCUGAAGAAAUUCGUGACCAACUAUUGGAUUUCCAUGAAGAUUUGAUGACACAUUGUGGUAUUGAGCUGGAUGAAGAUGGAUCUCUGGAUGGAAAUAGUGAUUUAACAAUUAGAGGACGUCUGCUGUCCCUGGUAGAAAAGGUGACAUACUUGAAGAAGAAACAAGCAGAAAAACCAAUUGAGAGUGACUCCAAGAAGUCCUCCACUCUUCAGCAGUUGAUUUCUGAGACGAUGGUCCGAUGGGCUCAGGAGUCUGUCAUUGAAGACCCUGAGUUGGUGAGGGCCAUGUUUGUGUUGCUCCAUCGGCAGUAUGACGGCAUCGGGGGUCUGGUCCGGGCUCUGCCAAAGACCUACACGAUAAAUGGCGUCUCUGUGGAGGAUACCAUCAACCUGCUGGCAUCUCUGGGUCAGAUUCGUUCUCUGCUGAGUGUGAGAAUGGGCAAAGAAGAAGAGAAGCUUAUGAUUCAUGGAUUGGGGGAUAUAAUGAAUAACAAAGUGUUUUACCAGCACCCCAAUCUCAUGAGGGCACUGGGGAUGCACGAGACCGUGAUGGAGGUCAUGGUGAACGUCCUUGGAGGUGGAGAGUCCAAGGAAAUCACCUUUCCGAAGAUGGUGGCCAACUGUUGCCGUUUUCUCUGUUACUUUUGUCGUAUAAGUCGGCAGAAUCAAAAAGCUAUGUUUGAUCACCUCAGUUAUUUACUGGAAAACAGCAGUGUUGGUCUUGCCUCGCCAGCUAUGAGAGGUUCAACACCACUGGACGUGGCAGCAGCCUCAGUGAUGGAUAACAAUGAACUCGCCUUAGCUUUGCGCGAGCCAGAUCUGGAAAAGGUAGUUCGUUAUUUGGCUGGUUGUGGACUGCAGAGUUGCCAGAUGCUGGUGUCUAAAGGCUAUCCAGACAUUGGGUGGAAUCCAGUUGAAGGAGAGAGAUAUCUUGACUUUCUCAGAUUUGCUGUCUUCUGUAACGGGGAGAGUGUGGAAGAAAACGCAAAUGUCGUGGUGAGAUUGCUCAUCCGGAGGCCCGAGUGUUUCGGUCCUGCUUUGAGAGGGGAAGGUGGGAAUGGUCUCCUUGCAGCCAUGGAAGAAGCCAUAAAAAUAGCCGAGGAUCCUUCCCGAGAUGGUCCCUCACCAAAUGGUGGAUCCAGUAAAACACCUGACACAGAAGAGGAGGAAGAUGACACUAUCCACAUGGGGAACGCAAUCAUGACCUUUUAUGCAGCUCUGAUCGACCUCUUAGGACGCUGUGCUCCUGAGAUGCACUUGAUUCAUGCUGGUAAGGGGGAAGCCAUCAGAAUCAGGUCUAUUUUGAGAUCUCUAAUUCCACUGGGAGAUUUGGUGGGAGUAAUCAGCAUCGCUUUUCAGAUGCCCACGAUAGCCAAAGAUGGGAAUGUGGUGGAACCUGACAUGUCUGCGGGGUUUUGCCCAGAUCACAAGGCAGCCAUGGUUUUAUUCCUUGACAGGGUCUAUGGAAUUGAGGUUCAAGAUUUCCUCCUCCAUCUUCUCGAGGUUGGCUUUCUGCCAGAUCUCCGGGCUGCCGCUUCUCUAGACACGGCUGCUCUGAGUGCUACAGACAUGGCCUUGGCCCUCAAUCGGUACCUUUGCACAGCCGUCUUGCCUUUGUUAACAAGAUGUGCUCCUCUUUUUGCUGGCACGGAGCACCAUGCUUCCCUCAUUGACUCAUUGCUUCAUACUGUGUAUAGACUUUCGAAGGGCUGCUCACUUACCAAAGCUCAGCGGGAUUCCAUAGAAGUUUGUUUACUCUCUAUUUGUGGCCAGUUGAGGCCUUCAAUGAUGCAGCACUUACUCAGAAGAUUAGUAUUUGAUGUUCCAUUAUUAAAUGAACAUGCAAAGAUGCCUCUUAAGCUGCUGACAAACCACUAUGAAAGAUGCUGGAAAUAUUACUGCCUGCCUGGAGGGUGGGGAAACUUUGGUGCUGCCUCAGAAGAAGAACUUCAUUUAUCAAGAAAACUGUUCUGGGGCAUUUUUGAUGCCCUGUCUCAAAAGAAAUAUGAACAAGAACUUUUCAAACUGGCACUGCCUUGCCUGAGUGCAGUUGCGGGCGCUUUGCCUCCAGACUACAUGGAGUCAAAUUAUGUCAGUAUGAUGGAAAAACAGUCAUCAAUGGAUUCUGAAGGGAACUUUAACCCACAACCUGUUGAUACCUCAAAUAUUACAAUUCCUGAGAAGUUGGAAUACUUCAUUAACAAAUACGCAGAACAUUCCCAUGACAAAUGGUCAAUGGACAAGUUGGCAAAUGGAUGGAUUUAUGGAGAAAUAUAUUCAGACUCUUCUAAGGUUCAACCAUUAAUGAAGCCAUAUAAACUGUUAUCUGAAAAGGAAAAAGAAAUUUAUCGCUGGCCAAUCAAAGAGUCUUUGAAGACCAUGCUGGCUUGGGGUUGGAGAAUUGAAAGAACGCGGGAGGGAGACAGCAUGGCCCUUUAUAACCGGACCCGUCGUAUUUCUCAGACAAGCCAGGUUUCUGUAGAUGCUGCCCAUGGUUAUAGCCCCCGGGCCAUUGACAUGAGCAAUGUUACAUUAUCCAGAGACCUGCAUGCUAUGGCAGAAAUGAUGGCUGAAAAUUACCAUAAUAUAUGGGCAAAGAAAAAGAAAAUGGAGUUGGAGUCCAAAGGAGGCGGAAACCAUCCCCUGCUGGUGCCGUAUGAUACACUGACAGCCAAAGAGAAAGCCAAGGACAGGGAAAAAGCACAGGACAUCCUCAAGUUCUUGCAGAUCAAUGGAUAUGUUGUAUCCAGAGGGUUUAAGGACCUGGAAUUGGACACACCUUCUAUUGAGAAACGAUUUGCUUAUAGUUUCCUCCAACAACUCAUUCGUUAUGUGGAUGAAGCCCAUCAGUAUAUCCUGGAGUUUGAUGGUGGCAGCAGAGGCAAAGGAGAACAUUUCCCUUAUGAGCAAGAAAUCAAGUUCUUUGCAAAAGUCGUUCUUCCUUUAAUUGAUCAGUAUUUCAAAAACCAUCGUUUAUACUUCUUAUCUGCAGCAAGCAGACCUCUCUGCUCUGGAGGACACGCAUCAAACAAAGAGAAAGAAAUGGUGACUAGCCUAUUCUGCAAACUUGGAGUUCUUGUCAGGCAUAGGAUUUCACUAUUUGGGAAUGAUGCGACGUCAAUUGUCAACUGUCUUCAUAUUUUGGGUCAGACUUUGGAUGCAAGGACUGUGAUGAAGACUGGCCUGGAGAGUGUUAAAAGUGCACUCCGAGCUUUUCUGGACAAUGCCGCGGAGGACCUGGAGAAGACCAUGGAAAAUCUUAAGCAAGGCCAGUUCACCCACACCCGGAACCAACCCAAAGGGGUGACUCAGAUCAUCAAUUACACCACGGUGGCCCUGUUGCCCAUGCUGUCAUCAUUGUUUGAACAUAUUGGCCAGCAUCAGUUCGGAGAAGACCUAAUCUGUAUGUAAAUUGAUGACUUAGAGUGUCAUUAUUGAAAUACACAGUAUUAUUCACUUGGAAGACAUAAAAUGUAAGCAUUUCCUACUUACAGGCAACGUUCUGCAUUAGGAGAAUGUCUGGCUGCCUUCGCUGGUGCCUUUCCUGUAGCAUUUUUGGAAACUCAUCUCGACAAACAUAAUAUUUACUCCAUCUACAAUACUAAGUCUUCACGAGAGAGAGCAGCUCUCAGUUUGCCAGCCAACGUGGAAGACGUUUGUCCGAAUAUACCGUCUUUGGAGAAACUCAUGGAGGAAAUCGUGGAAUUAGCCGAGUCCGGCAUUCGCUACACUCAGAUGCCGCAUGUCAUGGAAGUCAUUCUGCCCAUGCUUUGUAGCUACAUGUCUCGCUGGUGGGAGCACGGACCUGAGAACAAUCCAGAAAGGUCUGAAAUGUGCUGUACAGCUCUGAACUCAGAGCACAUGAACACACUUCUAGGAAACAUACUGAAAAUCAUAUAUAAUAAUUUGGGAAUUGACGAGGGAGCCUGGAUGAAGCGGUUGGCAGUGUUUUCCCAGCCUAUUAUAAAUAAAGUCAAACCUCAGCUCUUGAAAACUCAUUUCUUGCCAUUAAUGGAGAAACUCAAGAAAAAGGCAGCCAUGGUGGUAUCUGAGGAGGACCACAUGAAAGCCGAGGCCAGGGGGGAUAUGUCCGAGGCUGAACUUCUCAUCCUGGAUGAAUUCACCACGCUGGCCAGAGAUCUCUAUGCCUUCUACCCUCUCUUGAUCAGAUUUGUGGACUAUAACAGGGCAAAGUGGCUAAAGGAGCCUAACCCGGAAGCGGAGGAACUCUUCCGCAUGGUGGCCGAAGUGUUCAUCUACUGGUCGAAAUCCCAUAAUUUCAAAAGAGAAGAGCAGAACUUCGUUGUACAGAAUGAAAUCAACAAUAUGUCUUUCCUUAUUACUGACACCAAGUCAAAGAUGUCAAAGGCAGCUGUUUCUGAUCAGGAGAGGAAGAAAAUGAAGCGCAAAGGAGACCGGUACUCGAUGCAGACCUCUCUUAUCGUAGCGGCGCUGAAGCGCUUGCUGCCCAUUGGGCUGAACAUCUGUGCCCCUGGGGACCAGGAGCUCAUUGUGGAACAUCCUCAGAGAUCUAAAAAGGCUGUAUGGCAUAAACUACUCUCUAAGCAGAGGAAGAGGGCAGUUGUAGCCUGCUUCCGAAUGGCCCCCUUAUAUAAUCUGCCAAGCUACGUUAAACCCGGGGCCGAACCUCCAGAAGAAGAUGAAGGCACUAAGAGAGUUGAUCCUCUGCAUCAGCUGAUCCUUCUGUUUAGUCGAACAGCUUUAACAGAGAAAUGCAAACUGGAGGAAGAUUUUUUGUAUAUGGCUUAUGCGGAUAUUAUGGCAAAGAGUUGUCAUGAUGAGGAAGAUGAUGAUGGUGAAGAAGAAGUGAAGAGUUUUGAACACGAUAUUAUCAAAGAUUUAAGAAACAAAUUUGCCAGCCUCGGCGAGAACUCUCUGGAAAAGGAAAUGGAAAAGCAAAAGCUGCUCUACCAGCAAGCCCGACUCCACGAUCGUGGUGCAGCUGAGAUGGUGCUACAGACGAUCAGCGCCAGCAAGGGUGAGCGUCCUUAUUCUCCUCUCACGAGUGUCUGUCCUUCAGAUUUCCUCUUUUCUCGCUCGGUGCUCGCUCGUUUCAACCCCACUCAUGCAAAAAUGCUCGACUACCUCAAGGAGAAAAAGGACGUGGGCUUCUUUCAGAGCCUGGCUGGCCUGAUGCAGUCAUGUAGUGUCCUUGACUUAAAUGCAUUUGAGCGACAAAACAAAGCUGAAGGACUUGGAAUGGUGACAGAGGAAGGAUCAGGAGAGAAGGUUCUGCAGGACGACGAGUUCACCUGUGACCUCUUCCGAUUCCUACAGCUACUCUGUGAGGGGCACAACUCAGAUUUUCAGAAUUAUCUGAGAACUCAGACUGGCAAUAAUACAACUGUCAACAUAAUCAUCUCCACUGUAGACUACCUACUGAGAGUUCAGGAAUCAAUUAGUGACUUCUAUUGGUAUUACUCUGGGAAAGAUGUUAUUGAUGAACAAGGACAACGGAAUUUCUCGAAAGCUAUCCAAGUAGCAAAACAAGUCUUUAACACUCUCACCGAGUAUAUUCAGUGCUUACUAGUGGCAGAGCAGUGGCCUCUUUGUGAGAAUAAAUGGGAUGUUCUUACUGCAUAGUUUUCUCAUAUUAUCUCAAAUACAAUAUGCUCGUAUUUUCAGGAUUCCAGUCAAAUUGAGCUAUUAAAAGAAUUAAUGGAUCUCCAAAAGGAUAUGGUGGUCAUGCUGCUGUCCAUGUUAGAAGGUAAUGUUGUCAAUGGAACAAUCGGCAAACAGAUGGUUGACAUGCUUGUGGAAUCUUCCAACAAUGUAGAGAUGAUUCUCAAAUUUUUUGACAUGUUCUUAAAACUAAAGGAUUUGACAUCUUCUGAUACAUUUAAAGAAUACGACCCUGAUGGCAAGGGGGUCAUUUCCAAGAGGGACUUCCAUAAAGCAAUGGAGAGCCACAAGCACUACACACAGUCAGAAACCGAGUUUCUUUUGUCUUGCGCGGAGACAGAUGAAAACGAAACGCUCGACUAUGAAGAGUUUGUCAAACGGUUCCACGAGCCUGCAAAGGACAUUGGCUUCAACGUCGCUGUCCUUCUGACAAAUCUUUCUGAGCACAUGCCCAACGAUACCCGACUGCAGACUUUCCUGGAAUUAGCAGAGAGCGUGCUGAAUUAUUUCCAGCCCUUUCUGGGCCGCAUUGAGAUCAUGGGAAGCGCCAAACGCAUCGAGAGGGUUUAUUUUGAAAUCAGCGAGUCCAGCCGAACCCAGUGGGAGAAGCCCCAGGUCAAGGAGUCCAAGAGGCAGUUCAUAUUUGAUGUGGUCAACGAGGGCGGAGAGAAGGAGAAGAUGGAGCUCUUCGUCAACUUCUGUGAGGACACCAUCUUCGAAAUGCAGCUGGCGGCUCAGAUCUCCGAGUCGGAUUUGAACGAGAGGUCGGCGAAUAAAGAGGAGAGUGAGAAGGAGAGGCCGGAAGAGCAGGGGCCGAGAAUGGGUUUCUUUUCCAUUCUGACGGUCAAGUCGGCCCUGCUUGCCCUCAGGUACAAUAUCCUAACCCUUAUACGAAUGCUCAGUCUAAAGAGCCUGAAGAAACAGAUGAAAAAAAUGAAGAAGAUGACCGUGAAAGACAUGGUCACAGCCUUCUUUUCAUCCUACUGGAGUAUUUUUGUGACCCUCUUGCACUUUGUGGCCAGCGUUUUCAGAGGCUUCUUCCGUAUCGUUUGUAGCCUGCUGCUGGGGGCAAGCUUGGUAGAAGGGGCUAAAAAGAUCCGAGUCGCGGAACUCCUGGCCAACAUGCCAGACCCCACUCAGGAUGAGGUGCGGGGAGAUGGGGAGGAGGGAGAGAGGAAGCCCAUGGAAGCCGCCCUGCCUUCCGAAGACCUGGCAGACUUGAAGGAACUGACAGAGGAAAGUGACCUCCUUUCAGACAUAUUUGGCUUGGAUCUGAAGAGAGAAGGAGGGCAGUACAAACUAAUCCCUCACAAUCCAAACGCCGGCCUUAGUGACCUGAUGAGCAACCCAGUCCCUAUCCCUGAGGUGCAAGAAAAAUUUCAGGAACAGAAGGCAAAAGACGAAGAGAAAGAAGAAAAAGAAGAAACCAAAUCUGAACCCGAAAAAGCUGAGGGAGAAGACGGAGAAAAGGAAGAGAAAGCCAAAGAAGACAAGGCGAAACAAAAGUCAAGGCAGCUCCACACACACAGAUACGGAGAACCAGAAGUUCCAGAGUCUGCGUUCUGGAAGAAAAUCAUAGCGUAUCAACAGAAACUUCUAAACUAUUUUGCUCGCAACUUUUACAACAUGAGAAUGUUAGCCUUAUUUGUUGCAUUUGCAAUCAAUUUCAUCUUGCUCUUUUAUAAGGUCUCCACUUCUUCUGUGGUUGAAGGAAAGGAGCUCCCCACUCGAAGUUCAAGUGAAAAUGCCAAAGUUACCAGCCUGGACAGCAGCUCCCACAGAAUCAUCGCAGUUCAUUACGUCCUGGAGGAGAGCAGUGGCUACAUGGAGCCCACGUUGCGUAUCUUAGCUAUUCUCCACACGGUCAUUUCUUUCUUCUGCAUCAUUGGAUACUACUGCUUGAAAGUCCCAUUGGUUAUUUUUAAGCGAGAAAAGGAAGUAGCACGGAAAUUGGAAUUUGAUGGGCUUUAUAUUACAGAACAGCCUUCGGAAGAUGAUAUUAAAGGCCAGUGGGAUAGACUCGUAAUCAACACACAGUCAUUUCCCAACAACUACUGGGACAAAUUUGUUAAAAGAAAGGUUAUGGAUAAAUAUGGAGAGUUCUACGGCCGAGAUAGAAUCAGCGAAUUACUGGGCAUGGACAAAGCGGCUCUGGACUUCAGCGACGCCAGAGAGAAGAAGAAGCCAAAGAAAGACAGUUCCUUAUCAGCUGUACUGAACUCUAUUGAUGUGAAGUAUCAGAUGUGGAAACUUGGAGUCGUUUUCACUGACAACUCCUUCCUCUACCUAGCCUGGUAUAUGACCAUGUCCGUACUUGGACACUAUAACAACUUUUUUUUUGCUGCUCAUCUUCUUGACAUUGCUAUGGGAUUCAAGACCUUGAGAACCAUCUUGUCCUCAGUAACUCACAAUGGCAAACAGCUCGUAUUAACAGUCGGCUUAUUAGCUGUUGUCGUGUACCUGUAUACUGUGGUGGCAUUCAAUUUUUUCAGAAAAUUUUACAAUAAAAGUGAAGAUGGUGAUACGCCAGAUAUGAAAUGUGACGAUAUGCUAACAUGCUAUAUGUUCCACAUGUACGUCGGGGUCCGGGCCGGGGGAGGUAUCGGUGAUGAAAUUGAAGACCCAGCAGGAGAUGAAUAUGAGAUCUAUCGAAUCAUCUUUGAUAUCACUUUCUUCUUCUUUGUCAUUGUCAUUCUGUUGGCCAUAAUUCAAGGUCUAAUUAUCGAUGCUUUUGGAGAGCUAAGAGACCAACAGGAGCAAGUCAAGGAAGACAUGGAGACCAAAUGCUUCAUCUGUGGGAUAGGCAACGAUUACUUCGACACAGUGCCACAUGGCUUUGAAACCCACACUUUACAGGAGCACAACUUGGCCAAUUACCUGUUUUUUUUGAUGUAUCUCAUAAACAAAGAUGAGACAGAACACACAGGACAGGAAUCUUACGUCUGGAAGAUGUAUCAGGAAAGGUGCUGGGAAUUUUUCCCAGCAGGGGAUUGUUUCCGGAAACAGUAUGAAGACCAGCUAAAUUAA